CCACGCAGAUGCUCACACGAGUCCGAACUGUUAAAUUCGUCCUCUGGGUCCGCUAGGGUUUUUAUCAAAGUUAGGGUUUCAGGGUAGAGAGAGAGAGAGAGAGAGCGGCGAGAUCACCAGCACCACCAUCAGCAGCUACAAUGGUUCUCAAGACUGAGCUUUGCCGCUUCAGUGGUGCCAAGAUAUACCCUGGCAGGGGUAUCAGAUUUAUUCGCUCGGACUCGCAGGUUUUCCUUUUUGUCAACUCAAAGUGCAAGCACUACUUCCACAAUCGCUUGAAGCCAUCAAAGCUUUGCUGGACAGCAAUGUACAGGAAGCAACACAAGAAGGAUGUUUCUGCUGAGGCUGUGAAGAAGAGGCGACGAGCCACCAAGAAACCAUACUCAAGGUCUAUAGUUGGUGCCACCUUGGAAGUUAUACAGAAGAGAAGAACCGAGAAGCCCGAGGUCCGAGAUGCUGCUCGUGAGGCUGCCCUGCGUGAAAUCAAGGAGAGGAUCAAGAAAACCAAGGAUGACAAGAAGGCAAAGAAAGCAGAGGUUAUGGCCAAGGCACAGAAGACAACCAAGGGUAACGUGCCCAAGGGUGCUGCACCAAAAGGUCCUAAACUUGGAGGUGGCGGUGGAAAGCGUUGAUUUUUCUAUCGUUUUUCUCAUUUCUUCCCCGACAAUUAGAUUUGGUUAUCGGAGAUUAUUUCCUGUUUUAGAUUGUUUUGUAUGAAUCGACUCGUCAUAUUUGCAGAAAUCUGUUUGAGAUAUUUUACCCUCUUGAUUAUUCAUUAGGGGAUGAGCAACUUUUCUUACUUAAAUCAAAGAGAGCAAUUUCAUC